CAUUACUCGACCACAAAGCACAAAACAGCCAUGUCUGCCCCCGCCCCUAUCCCCGCCCUCGACGAAGCCUCCAAGAAGGAGCUCGAAACCUUCCUCGAGCAAGAGUAUGUAGACAGGUGGAAACGAGAUCUUGAUGCUGAGACCCAAUAGACAAGCCAAGGCCAAACUCCAGGCCAGCAUUCACGAGCUCACCAAUACAUGUUGGAACACCUGUAUCACCGGGUCCAUCAGCUCCAAGUUCUCCAAGUCGGAAGCCCAAUGUCUUGAGAACUGUGUCGACCGAUUUCUCGACUCUUCGCUCUACAUUGUGCGACAGAUUGAGGCUCAAAAACAGCAGCUGUGAGCGGCUGAACAAAAAGAUGUAGAAGGUGAAGGAAAAAUGAUGGCAUAGAAGAAGAACGACAUCCCAAUUCUGCAUGUAUUCGCAUCCUGUAU